GCCAUUCAAUUUCAGAUCCAUUUCAGUUCCGAUCAUCCUGACCAAUACCAUGAGUGCUCAGUGGCCAUUUCCUGAUCCUGCACCUCGCACGGGGUUUAGAACAUCACACUAAUUGUUUUUUGCAAAUAUGUCAAGAAAAGAUGUGCCACCAUUUUAGGCACACCUUAUUGGAAGUGUUCCUAAAUUUCCCAAAUUUUAUUUUGGUUUUGGUGAUGGGGGGAAAAUUCUGUACUUAAAAGGGAUGAGACUUGAAAAGGAUGAGUGAAAAAUUACUGAGGCUGUGUAUUACAUUCUGCAUAGUAAGCUGAACCACAGCCGUCGCCACUGGUUCGCCACUCCUUCUGACUCCGCCGACGGACGCCAGUUGCCAUGGAGACGAUCCUGGAGCAGCAGCGCAGCAAGCACGAGGAGCGCGAGCGGCUGGUGGAGGCCAUGAAGCGCGAGAUGCUGCACAAGAAGGGCUCGAGCCGCGACCGAAUCAACUCGGACCACCGUCUGCGGCUGCUGCUGGACCGCCACCUGGACUGCAGCCAGACACUGAAGGACCUCUACGAGGACAAGGACGGCGUGCGCAAGGAGGAGGUGGCCGCCCUCUCCGGGCCCAACGAGUUCGCAGAGUUCUACAACCGGCUCAAGACCAUCAAGGACUUCCACAAGCGGCACCCGAACGAGAUCUCGGUGCCGAUGUCGGUGGAGUUUGAGGAGCUGGACAAGGUGCGCGAACAGAGCAACGACGAGACGGUGAUGGUAGAGUUCAGCGACGAGGAGGGCUACGGAAAGUACCUGGACCUGCACGAGUGCUACACGCGCUACGUCAACCUCAAGGGCGUCGAGAAGGUCGACUACGUCACCUACCUGACGCUGUUCGACCAGCUGUUCGAGAUGCCGCGCGACAAGAAGAACGCCGAGUACCGGGCCUACCUUGAGGCUCUGCUCGACUACCUGCACGACUACCUGCUGAGGGUGCGGCCGCUCACCGACUUCGAGCAGAGCAUUAAAACCAUCACUGACGAGUUCAACAAAAAGUGGGAGGCAGGCACGUUCCCGGGCUGGCCCAAGGAGACGGGCGGCGCGCUGACCCAUGGCGGCGCUCACCUCGACCUGUCGGCCUUCUCCUCCUGGGAGGAGCUCGCCUCGCUCGGCCUCGACCGGCUCAAGUCGGCGCUGAUGGCGCUCGGACUCAAGUGCGGCGGAACGCUGGAGGAGCGCGCCCAGCGGCUCUUCUCCACAAAAGGAAAGAAGCUGCAGGAGGUUGACCAGUCGCUGUUCGCCAAGAAGCAGAGCCUGCGCGCCGGAAAGAGCAAGGAGGCGGAGAAAUCGCGCGAGCUUGCCUUCCUCGAGGCGCAGGUAUACUGGCUGGUGGAGCAGCUCUCUGAGCAGCGCGCCGCCACCAAGGAGAACGUGGAGCGGCGCCAGGCGCGCACAGACGGCGAGCGGGACGAGUCAGACGCCGAGGCCAGCGAGCCAGAGUCGGAUGACGAUGACGAUGACGUGCCGUACAACCCGAAGAACCUGCCGCUCGGCUGGGACGGCAAGCCGAUCCCCUACUGGCUCUACAAGCUGCACGGUCUGAACAUCAGCUACACUUGCGAGAUCUGCGGCAACUUCAUCUACAAAGGCCCCAAGGCGUUCCAGCGACACUUCUCCGAGUGGCGGCACGCCAACGGCAUGCGCUGCCUGGGCAUCCCCAACACGGCGCACUUUGCCAACGUGACGCAGAUCGAGGACGCGCUCUCGCUGUGGGAGCGACUCAAGGUGCAGAAGACCUCCGGCAGGUGGCAGGCCGACGCCGAGGAGGAGUACGAGGACUCGCAGGGCAACGUCGUCAACAAGAAGACCUUCGAGGACCUGAAGCGGCAAGGUCUGCUGUAGGUGUUGUGGGAGCCUAGGAGACCAGUCGGUGAUCUGGUUCGGUGUCUAUCGUGUCGUGUAUUGAAGUCCAGUGCGCGGGACAGUGGGUACUAUCAGCUCAGCACCCCCAGUUUUGCAGCACGUAUGACCGCAUGUCGACUUCCAAUUGACGCUCGCCCGGUCGAAGUCCAACUAUGGAGCCCCUCUGAAGCUCCCUUUGGGAGGCAGUGAAUCACACUGACGCCCUUCCCAGUGUGAUGUGACAGUGAGUCGGACCUCAGCGUACCGUCCGGCUGUCGCACGGCUGCCGCAGACGUGUUUGCAGAGGGGUUUAUUUCGAGAGCAUCCUGUGUGCCACAGCGCUGACUGCGGCACGUAUUGUGGGAGGGUUUGUGAGGAGUCGUCUUCAGUGUGAAACGCAUCAUUCAUUGAUAUCAUCAAUGUUUCAAAAUACAUGACUUGUACAUGA